GACUGUGAGGACGGAGAGGACAGGCUGCUGGGCGAAACCAUUUAUCUAAUCGAGAAAUAGGUAAAGAUUAAUGCCAUCCAGCUUUUGGUUUUGCUGAGGAUUAUGGCUGUGUGUAUGUAUUAGAUGGUAAAAUAAUAAAUCUGGGUAAUUUUGAGUCGGAUUAGCCUCGUCAUCAUCACAGUGUGCGCAGCGCGGCAUCCCCUCGCAUCCCUGCGAGCACACAAACACGGAUGCGGUGAUGAUUUUGUGAAUCUGCAAUGGAUACCUGCGAAGAAUCAGAAAUUCAAACAGUAAUGAGGAUCCAGCCCCAGUCUCAUUCUCUCUAGUCGUUUAAAUAGCUGCUUGCUUUAUUAGCUAUUUGCCAUGCUUUUCGUGCGGAGGCUCGUGCAGCUGUCGGUGCUGCUCAUUCAGACUGGAUGGUGGAGGGUCGCGUCGAGCCCCACCGAUGAAGGAGCGCUCCGGACCGGCCAUGGAGAGCAUGGAGAGCCGGGCCAUCAGGAGCCUCACAAGGACUCCUACAGCACAUUCGCCUCUGAGUUUCUUGAAUCCAGAUAUCUGUCUGAUGACGGUUAUCCGUUCCCCACUGCCCCACCAGUUGAUCCUUUUGCCAAGAUCAAAGUCAGCGACUGUGGAGUAACCAAAGGCUGCAUACGGUAUGGGAAGCCAGGGUGUGAUGCAGAGACUUGUGAGUACUUUCUGAGUUAUCGUCGCAUCGGGACAGAUGUGGAGUUUGAGAUGAGUGCAGACACAGACGGCUGGGUGGCUGUUGGUUUCUCCUCUGACAAGAAAAUGGGAGGAGACGAUGUUAUGGGAUGUGUGCAUGAUGAUAACGGGCGUGUGCGGAUUCAUCACUUCUACAACGUUGGCCAAUGGGCCAAGGAGAUCAAGAGGAACCCAGCCAGAGAUGAAGAAGGCAUUUUUGAAAACAACCGGGUGACCUGUCGGUUCAAGAGGCCAUUGUACGUCCCCAGAGAGGAAACACUGGUGGACCUACACCUGUCAUGGUAUUACCUGUUUGCAUGGGGACCUGCAAUUCAAGGUUCCAUCACGAGGCAUGACAUUGACAGUCCUCCAGUCAGCGACCACAUGAUCAGCAUCUAUAAGUAUGAGGACGUCUUCAUGCCUUGCACAGCCUAUCAGACCUUCAACUCUCCCCUCUGCUUACUGCUCAUAGUAGCUCUCACCUUCUAUCUCCUCAUGGGAACGCCAUGAUGAAGCACAGUAGAUUACUGAAGGGAGAAGAAGAGAGAAUGAAGACAAGAUGAAGCAGCAAUAAAAAAAAUGUUGCCAUUUCUAUCUGAUGCUACAUGUAACUGUGCACUUUGCACAAAAAGAGACUCUUUUAGAUAUAUAAAACAUAUAAAAUAUACGUGCAUUACUCAUAAGGAUGAACUUGACAAAUUAUUAUAAAAAUACUGUAGCAGUCUGAUAAAAAGUAGUAUUAGCUCAAAAUAGGCCAGUUAUUUUCAGUAUUAUUGAUAGCCUCCAAUGGUUUAAAAUACAGUGUUUACAUAUGCCAAUGAAUACAUCUUCCAAGUCUUUGAAACACUGCAUGCACCAGAAAAUCUGGGAAUGAUUUCAGAAACAUGCUGUUCACUGGUGACUCAUGGUGAAGUUGGCUGAAACACAAAGGUUUUCUGAGGACAAAACAAAAUAAAAGAGCUCACACGCACACUUCCUGUAUCGUUAUCCUGCUAAGUUUAUGUGGAUAUCUGCCAUUUUAUUUUCCUCGGCCACAGUGACUGCUUGUUUAUCUGAACACUGUGGCAUCUAACAAACUGAGAAAGACUGAUAGAUGAGUUUCCAUUUCCUACACAAGCAAUAACACUAUGAGCGGGAACAAACUGUGGACUAAAAUAACACUUUGCUGAGACACUGACUACUUUUUCCCCAGAUUAAUAUUGUUGCAUUUUAUUCUGUAUUAAAAAUGGCUGAAUAUUUAAAAAUGUCUGAAGCAGUCUGUCACUGUAACAAUACAAAGAUAUGUAAUUCACAAUCCUCCUAUGAACUGACAGAUUACUAUGCCACUUAUAAAGUCACAGGAUAGGACUAUAAUAAAGUUAUGAAAUACUUUCCCUUAA